CAGUUUUUUGAAAUGGAUACCUUUUUGCGUGACAAACUAAACCAGUGGGGUCUCAAUGAAUUCAUAAAAAAAUUUGAAGAUGAAGGAGUGGAUAAAGAGAGUCUUUAUUGUCUGGAGGAUAAAGAUAUUUUAAUAUUGAUACCAAAAGUGGGACAGAGGGCUCGGUUUAAGAAGAAACUCAGGAUGUUAAAGGAGGAAGAAAGUAAAAGAAAUGGAGAACUUGGUCCUAAAGCGAGGCAACAGCAAGAAAAAGAUGCACCUGGUUUAUCCAAGAGCAAAGAGGUCAGUAAUGAGACUGUGGAGCUCAAACAUGUGCAGUUACUACUCUAUAUUUCUUCACUGGGAUAUUUUUUUUUUUUUGUUUUUUAUCCACAGGUUGUGUCCUCGGCAAGUAAUAUAUAUGGAAAAAGAAAAAGUGAAAUUGAGCUUCAGGAGAAAUCUAAAGAAGACAAACCAGCAGUAAAACGGCAGCGUGGCAGCUUUCAAAACUCUGAAGAAAUGAUAUUGAAUGACGUAAAAAACAUUAUGGCCCAUGUUCAUACUAACCUAAGCAAUCAAGACAGCACAGAUCUUAAUGAAUUCCUAAAGACCAAAAUUAAAGAUCUGGAGAUGGACAAGAGGGAGUUAGUUGGUGUAUUUGGUAAAACUGGAGCUGGAAAGACUUCAUUGAUAAAUGCUGUUUUAGGUGUACGGACACUUUUGCCAUCAGGAGAUGUUGAUGCAUGUACCUCGGUCAUGAUUAAAGUGGAGUCAAAUAUGCACAACUCAAAGUAUGAAGCAGAGAUAGAGUUUAUCACCAAAGAGGAGUGGGAAGACGAGGUGGGAACCAUAGACCACUCUUUUGAAGAUGAUGGAGAGCAGGAGAGGCACGACGACGAUGAUGAUAUUGAUAGCCGUUAUGACCUUUUUGAAAAGCUUUCAGCAGUGUAUGGAGAAGAAUGGAAACAAAAAUCCUUGCAACAACUCAUGGAUAUUAAAAACUUCAGAGAGAUUCCAGAAUUUCUUGAGUCCACAAAGAAGAUUUUAACUUGUGAAUCUGCCAAGGACUUAUCUUCAAAAAUUGUUAAAUACACCAGACAAGGAGGCAAUAGAGAGAUACAAAGGUGGUAUUGGCCACUUGUGAAGUGUGUGACUGUCAAAGUGCCAAAUAAUGAUUUUCUCCAGCAUGUAACUCUGGUGGACCUUCCUGGGAAUGGAGAUCGUAACAAGAGCAGGGACACAAUGUGGAAAGGGAUUGUUGGAAACUGUUCUGCUGUGUGGAUUGUAUCUGAAAUCAACCGGGCAGCAGCAGAUAAAGAAUCCUGGGAGAUCCUAAAAAGUGCAAGCAGUCUCCUGGGAAACGGUGGCGAGUGUCGACACAUUCACUUUAUCUGCACCAAGUCUGAUGUAUUAGGAGAUGUACAUGAUAAUUCAGCAGCUGAUCUUCAGGCCUUAAUCCUCAAAAGAAACAUGAAAGCAAAGCUAGCAGUGAACAAAGAAUUCAACAAGAUAACCAUGGUUAAGAAAUAUUUCAGCGAAGGGUGUUUCAGAGUGUUCACAGUGAGCUCAAUGGAGUUUCUGAAAAGAAAACACCUUAAUCCAGAGAACACCGAAAUCCCAGAGCUUCAAGAUUUUUUGAAAAAUCUGAAUGACUGUCACUCAGAGACAUUAAACUAUGUUUCUGGAGCUUAUGGAAUCCUGUCUUUGAUUCAAGGAGCCAGCAUGAGAAAAGCGGCUGGUGUUAAUAAGGUUGUGAGUAAACACCUUCAAAGAAAGCUCAAUUCUCAACUUGUUGGAAUCAGAAAGGAAAUGGGAAUGAUAUACGCCACAUUUGGAAAAUGUCUUGAUGAAGGAGUUGAAAUAUCCAAAAAUUCAUGUGACCAAAUCCUGAAGUCCAUCUUGCAUCUUGCAAGAAAGAGCGGAAGUGCCCAAUAUAAUAUCAUGAAGAAUGCUGUGAAAAAUGGUGGCAUCCACAUACCUAAAAAGGGGAAAGAAAUAAAUUUCAACAUGAAAUUAUCUGCAUCAUUGAAUAAGAGCAUUGACGAAGAAUUCAGAAAAACCUUCCCUGUUGAAGGAAACUGUGGUCCCUUUAAUGGAGUGAUCAAUACGUUUUCACUUGAUACUGAAAGAUUACAAGAAAAGUACAAAGAUGCAGAACUGCAGUUGAUAUUUCUCAAGACAGAGGAGGAAAAGCUCAAGAAAAAACUGAAUAAAAUUACUCGUGAUGGAAAGAAAAAAGUCUACAUCAGUCUAACAAAGACAGUUGAAGAAAUUAUGCAAGAGUGCUAUAGAGAAGCAGCACAGUUUCAAGGAAAGAACACACUGCAGAACAUCAGAGAAACUAUAAAAAGACAUGUAAACAAUAACAAGGACACCAUGUUUGCAAAAGCUAAAGACGUCAUGAUGGAGAAACUCAUGAAAUUGAUGGUGGACAUCCUGGGAGUUUUGGAAAAAGAAAUGAUGGAGUCCAUCGAGCUGUCUGUCGAAGCUGAAGACGACUCCAUUCCAGAUGUGUCCACGGCGCUUUCAAUGGUAAAGCAACGCUGGGUUCAGCUGCACAGCAUAAAUUCAUAAAUACCCUGAAACAAACAACACUUUUUAAUUAUAGUACAUUCUUUUGUAAAUGCCAAUGUUUGCAACUUUUUUUAAGCUAAUGUUAACCAUGGACAAAAUGUAAUUUUAGUUAUUUUUCUUUAUGACACUAUGAAUCUAUAAUGAUCCUUCUAGCUUUUGCAGUUAUUUUCAAUACUCUAGCACUUAGUUUCUUUCAUCCUGUUACAUAUCCAGAUAUAAAUGUAGCAAUUGAACCGUUUUUGUGCAAACUUUAUCAACUAAACACCUCCCUAUUGAUCAGAGUAUCUAAUUCUUUUAACCCAUGUUUUUAUUUAUAUGUAUAUGUUUUGAACUGCCAACAUUUUGUUGUUUCAGAUAGGGAAAUUGUUGUUCUGUUAGGAGUGAAUAGUAAUAAUAAUAUUAGUCCACCAGUUUUAAAUAAUGAUAGAUUGUUAUUCAAAACUGUGCUUUGAAUUGAGGAGUUUACAAAUGUUCUCAUUUUUACAAAUUUAACUCAGCCCAAACUGCUUCAGUUAGGCUCUGCAAUGAGAUUAAUAAAGUGAUACCAAAUAAUAGAGAUUAGAAUUAAUAUGCUAGAAGUGAAUCAGCUAGAUUCAAAGAGCUCCUAUAUAUAAAUUCUUAUACAUAUAUUGUAGUUUCUGAAUAUAUGUCUCGUAAAUUGAAAAAAAAAAUGGCUUCUGUAAUUUUACUGGAAUUCCACUUUGUUCCUAAAUCAAAGAUUGUAAGCAUGUCUUCUGUAAUCUAAAAUGUAUUUGAAAAGCAAAUAAAAAAAGUAAUCUUCA